AAGUCCAACAAAAACUAACAUUAAAAUAUGCCAUGGUGAAGCCAGUCUGGUUGGGCGAGCUUUGUGUAAAAGGGAAGGAAGUACAGAAUGCAAUGACUCAGAGGAAGAAGUGAGAGAAAACUUCCUGUCCAGUAUUUAUGUGUAAUGCAUCUUCUGUCAUCCCACAGUUUCUGAUCUUUCAUCGUAUGAUUCACACGUUCUGAGCUUUUUCUUUACACAGCGUAGAAGCAUUUCUCAGAGGCAGAGUAACAGUCGUGAGUGUGAAGAUGGGGCACACUCUGCUCUGUGUGCUGGGGGUUUUCUCACUGAAUCUACUCCUCUACUGUGGACAUGCUCAAGAUGCUGUGCUGACCACUGAACCAAACUGGUCCACUUUAUUUACCGGAGAGUCUGUUACCUUCAUAUGUGACAUGAGGGUGGGAAAAGACACCGACUGGUAUUACGUAAUCUACAGGAAUGGUCGAGAAUUUCCCCCCUUCGGCUCAGACAAGAGAUAUACAUCACAAUCUCUGUCUACAGACGACAGUGGUGAAUACCAGUGCAUUGGUGAUCACAAGCGCUCAGCAUAUUCAAGAAAAGAAAGUAAUAAAGUCUCUCUAACUGUAUCAGACAAAGAUGUGAUCCUGGAAAGUCCUGCAUCCACUGUGUUUGAAGGAGAAUCAGUGACCCUGCGCUGUCGACAUCGUACUCAGACAAAGGAGAAGAAUGCUGUUUUCUACAAAGAUGGAUCACCUAUUGAAACAGACACAAACCAUCAGUCAGCGAUGUCUUCAGAAAACACAGUUCAAGUCAUUUCAGAUGGGAGCUCUUACAUGUGUAAAUUUGAGGACGAAGAAUCUGAACCAGUAAAACUCAAAAUGGAACCACAACCAAAGGCCAGACUGAGCAGACACUUUCCAUCAGGGGGCAGUGUGACGCUGACCUGCUCUGUGAGCCCAUCAUCAUCAUCAUCAUCAUCAUCAUCAUCAUCAUCAUCUGGUUGGAAAUACUUCUGGUACAGAGGCAAUAAAGCCUCUGAACCUCUGACCACACAAGAUGUUGUCUUCCUCUCAAAUGAAACAAUCAGUGUCUCACAGGGAGGACUCUACUGGUGCAGAGGAGGAAGAGGAGAUCCACUUUACUACACAGAGUACAGUGAUCCAGUCGUUACAAACAGAGCUGUUGUGACCCUGCGACCCAACUGGCCUGAGAUAUACUAUCUGGAGACGAUCACACUGACAUGUGAAAUUGAGGAUGGAGGAGACGCUGAGUGGGAGUAUGAGUGGACGACACUCAGCUCAUACAGACCUGAAAAACAAAAGGAAAACAUGAUUACAUAUGCUUUGUCAUCACACAGUGGAGAGUACAGGUGUAUGGGCACACUGAAACAUGAAAAGUCUUCAACAGAGUGGAGUGAUGCUUUCACAUUGAGAGUAUCUGAUUAUAAACCUCAGCCUGUCCUCACUGUGUCUCCAUUAUGGCUGAGUCCUGGAGCCUCAGUAACUCUGAACUGCAGUGUUAAACAUCCAUCUGCAGGAUGGAGGUUCUUCUGGUAUAAGGCUGUUCCCAAACUGUCAGACGACUCCUACAGCUAUGAGCUGAUACCUGGCAGCAUCCAUGGGACUGAACAGGAUUCCUACAUUGUUGAUGGACAGACACACACAGCAGGAUAUGUGUGCAGAGCUGGAAGAGGAGAUCCAGUGUAUUAUACUCAUUGCAGUGAACCUAAGUUUGUCUGGUCUGGAGAUUCUCAUUCAGCAGCGUCUCUCACAGUGAGUCCUGACAGAAUGCAACACUUCAGCAGAGAGCCUGUGUCACUGAGCUGUGAGGGAAACUCUACCGAGUGGAGAGUGAGCAGGUUUUCUGUAGAUGGCUACCUGAGACACUGUUGUUCUUCCUCUUCUUACUGGGGGACCAUGACUGGAUCCAGAUGCAACAUGGACCGUUACUGGCAGAGUGGAGUCUUCUGGUGUGAGUCUGAAACAGGACAGUUCAGCAAUGCAGUCAACAUCACUAUACAGUACGGUAAUAUUACCCUGAUGAGCCCUGUCCAUCCUGUUACUGAGGGAGAUUCUGUCACUCUUGGCUGCAAAUUGAGGACAGAAAAAGUUCCUUAUAAUGUGGAUUUCUAUAAAAAUGACAAACUCAUCCAAAAUGUUACUGGAGAGGAGCUGACUAUCUCUGCAGUGUCAAAGUCAGAUGAAGGCUUUUAUAAAUGUAGAGGAAAAGAUUCAUCACAAGGUCGGCAGAGUUGGACGUCACCAGAGAGUUGGAUGUCAGUAAAAUCAGCGUCCAGGCCUGAACAAAGCUCUCCAUUUCCUGUGCUGUUGAUUGUUGGGCUGGUUGGUGGAGUGUCACUGAUUCUUCUCCUGCUGCUGUUUGUGUGUCGCUACACAAAGUCAAAAGAUUCAUGCUUCAUGAGGUCUCAGAGCACCAAUCAGGGUCCUGCUCCAGACCACAUGAUCAACCAGGAUGAAACUCAAGGCAGAGAGUAUGCUUCUCUUCUCCACGGUGACGUCUGUCUCUACGAAACAAUCAGAGGCUCUGAAGAACCUGAACAUGGGAGGAAUUAUGAGCCAGAGGAGAACGAAUACUCAAAUGUGACGACAAGAUCAGCUGCAGAUCAGUAAAGAGAUCUGCAUCAAGAAAACCCACAGAAUGGAUGACAUGAUAAACUAAAACUUUGUUUAAACAGUAUUUGCAGCUUUUGUGUACAUAUAUAAAUAUAUUCACAUAUAGUAUUCUAAAAUAUAUCCUUUCAAAUAAUUUGUUGUGUUGCAUUGUGUCUUAUAUGUUACUGUCAUUACAGCUGCUGUAGACAACCUAAAAUGCAGUUUGUUCUAAGUAACCAC